UCCCAGACAUCACGCAAAACUAUCGUAUUAAGAUAUUUGAUAAGUAUGCUGUUAGCAUCGCGAAAGGUAAUUUUGAAUGCUGUUGGCUUUCGUGUUCUUUAAUGAAAAUCGUAGAAUUUUUAAAUAGGUGGUUUUGUAAAACAAUUAGUUUUAUGAAACAUGAAUAUUCUUCAGGAUUACAACAACAUCACGUCAGAGGUAACCAAAACAUUACACCCAAUAGCACAUCAACACUGUAAUUAGGUCCACAAUGCGCACUACUUGGUCUGAGAAGCGUUGGAUUUCACGCACUAUUUGAACUCUGAUGCGAUUCACGCCCACAUUUUAAGAAAGUUCAUCCUAGGAACAAGUGCCCAGAGAACGAAUGGAAUGUAUAACAUAAACAGGCGUAAGGGCCGUCGUGCUGAGUGACACUAAGCAGACUUGUGAACCUUCUGGAAAGAUUUUGUGUGCUACAGGGUUGAACUUACAUGCAAAUACUCGCAUGGGGGUGUCAUGGCUAGCCCAAGUGCGCUGUGUGCACUUGGCACUGUUCGCACUAGCAAUGAUACCGCUCUUCAUAUGUCUAUCCUAUCUAAAUACAGAACAAUUACACACGACGAUAUCUCCUUUACGAACAUUCGAGAUACGAUUGCAACAUUCUAAUAACACACAUAGCCACAACCAGGGUCAAAGUCAGAGCCAAAGUCAGAGUGAACGGAUAUCACCACCAGUGGCAGCUGCCAAACACGCUAGUGAGACGGCAGAAGCACCUUCAGUUCCUGUGCUGUCUCACGUCUCAAAUGCCAACAAUUCGAAUAACCAGGCUUCUGACAUGACAAAAGGAGUACCUGCAGAAAUGAUCUACGAAGCAGGACAUACGGACGUGAACUCUCAGAUUUGUCCGAACCUGGGAAAGAAUCUCAAGUUGCUAAUUGCCAUAACAUCGGCCCCAAGUCACGAAGCGGCUAGACAGGCGGUACGGGAGACCUGGGGCCAUUUUACUAUAAGAAAAGACGUAGCUAUAGCAUUUGUCCUAGGAGUUACUAUGAAUCAAACCCUCAACAGUAACAUUCAGAGAGAACAAGAAAUAUACGGUGAUAUUAUUAGAGGAAAAUUUAUCGAUACGUAUGACAAUCUCACUUUAAAAACCAUUUCCGUACUAGAAUGGGUAGAUAAUUAUUGUCCCAAAGCAUCAUUUGUACUUAAAACGGACGAUGACAUGUUCAUAAAUGUGUCGCGUCUUCUAGCCUUUAUUGCUAAACAUAAGCCUGAAACAAGAGCAAUAUAUGGUCGCCUAGCCAAAAAAUGGAAGCCAAUUAGAAAUAAGAUGUCCAAAUACUACAUUUCCCCUCAGCAGUACAAACCUCCAGUGUUCCCGGACUUCACGACAGGUCCCGCGUAUCUGCUUCCAGCAAACCUAGCGAAGGAAUUGUACCUAACAGCAUUGAACCACACAUAUUUCAAACUGGAAGAUGUGUUUGUGACUGGAAUUGUUGCCAACGAGCUGAAGAUCAAAAGGAUCCAUGUGCAGGAGUUUUUCAACAAAAGGGUACCAUCCUUCACCGCGUGUAACGUACAAAAGGAAAUCAGCAUUCACAUGGUGAAAAGUACUGAGCAGUAUGAUUUGUGGAAGAAGCUGCAUGAAGUUGCCAAGUGCAAAAAAUAAGUGUGAUGGACUUAUUUAUGAAUUUUUAAUUUAAAUAAUUUUUGAACUUCCGGUCAUAUAAUGAUCUAUUUUAUUAGCUUGUUAUGAGCAGUAUUUUAUUUGAGUUAUUUCAGAUUGACUACAGUAUUUUACUAUCUUAAUAGUCACCUAAAUAAGAGCUUAAGUUUAAAACAAUAUACUCAUCUGUGAAAAUUUUGUAUAAUUAUUAUAUAACAAAAAACAUGUAAAUAAAGUUAGUACUAUAGUUUACAUAAUCAGUAUAAUUACAAUCUAUUGUAAAU